AUGUCGCUCAAGGAAGAAUUCCAGACCCGAAACUUCAGUAUCUACGGACAAUGGCUUGGUAUCCUGUCCAUGAUCAUUUGCUUAGCUACCGGCAUCUCAACAAUCUUUACCUUUAAGGUUCUUUUGAUCGUCUUUGCUGCUAUUGCCAUUGCCUCCGCCUUCCUCAUCUUGUUCAUCGAGGUUCCCUUGCUUCUGCGAAUCUGCCCUACCUCCGGCAAGUUCGAUGAUUUUGUUCGCCGAAUCUCAACCAACUAUAUGCGAGCAGCCGCCUAUGGAAUCAUGGCUCUGCUUCAAUUCCUGAGCAACCUCGGUGGCCCCAGCAGCUUGAUUGCUGCAGGUGUCUUUCUGACUCUCACCGGUCUCUGCUAUCUGCUCGCUGGCAUCAAGGGCCAGGCCUUUGUUGGCAGCAAAACCCUUGGCGGAGCUGGAGUUGCGCAAAUGAUUGUCUAA